AUGAAGCUGACCGUCGCAUCUCUCGCCUUGCUCGCCGGUGUUGGAGCAGCCGCCGACUUCAACCUGCCCGAACUCAAUCGAGUCUUCCCCAUUCCAAGCCAACCUACCGUCCGCGAGGACCAGACGGCCGCUGGAGUCAACAUAUUGCCUUCGGGCGCCGAACCAUCCAUCGUCGCCAGCCCCACUCUCGCCAACUCUGCCUCUGUCUCCGGCUCGGCCGCCGUCUCGCCUACUCUUUCCAUCACUCCUGAGACCUCGUCCAACACCGUUCCCGGAACAUUGUCCACCUCUCUUACUACGGGCGCCAGCGUCAGCUCCGCUACGGGGACGAGUUCUUCCCCGCGCCAGUCGUCGUCGUCGUCGUCGUCGUCGUCGUCCCAAACCUCCAUUUCUACCCUGCGCCCCUCAUCCAACUCGACCGCCUCUCUCACCUCAAACCCAGCCAGCCAGCCGACUGCAUUCGCCAACAACGCCGCUGCCGGCAUCGUCGUUCUCGCUGGUCUCGCCGCUCUCCUCUAA